CCCUCCACCCGCGCGCUGGGACUCGGUGGCGGCCGGUGCGGGAGACGGUUGAGGCGGCUGCGGGGAUCGGCCCGUCCCCCCCCCCCGGGAGCGGCCAUGGCGCGGCGCCGCUAGGUCUCCCUGCGGGGUCGGGUCGAGCCGGGGCCGCUCCGCGAGUCGCAGGCCGGGAUGGGGCCGGGGGGCGGCCGGCGGGGCCCGGAGGCAGCGGGGGGCCGAGCGUCCUGCCGGGCCGCCGCGCUGCUGCUCCUGAUGCUCCUGGCCGCGCCCGCCGGGCUGCGCGCCGCCCUGGAGGAAGAGCCCGGCAGGAACAAGGAGCCGCCGGCGCCGCCACAGCAGCAGCAGCCGCAGCCCGCGGUGCAGGGGCUAGAUCCGGGCCGGGCCGAGAAAUGGCCCACGCCAGUUCCUCCAGUUCAUCUUAUCAGUGAAGAAUCUGCUGAUAAAACUAAUUUGGGGUUUAUUCAUGCUUUUGUGGCUGCCAUAUCAGUCAUCAUUGUGUCAGAGCUGGGGGAUAAGACCUUCUUUAUUGCAGCCAUCAUGGCAAUGCGUUAUAAUCGUUUGACUGUAAUGGCUGGUGCCAUGCUUGCCUUAGGACUGAUGACAUGCUUAUCAGUUUUAUUUGGCUAUGCCACCACAGUUAUCCCCCGAGUGUACACAUACUAUGCGUCAACUGCACUGUUUGCAAUUUUUGGCAUCCGAAUGCUUCGGGAAGGCUUGAAGAUGAGCCCAGAUGAGGGUCAGGAGGAGCUGGAGGAAGUUCAAGCAGAAAUCAAGAAAAAAGAUGAAGAAUUCCAGAGAACGAAACUAUUAAAUGGGCCAGGAGAUGUGGAAACAGGGACAGGCACAAAUAUACCUCAGAAGAAGUGGCUGCAUUUUAUUUCUCCAAUUUUUGUUCAAGCUUUUACUUUAACAUUUGUAGCAGAAUGGGGUGAUCGCUCUCAAUUGACAACAAUAGUCCUGGCAGCAAGAGAGGAUCCCUAUGGUGUGGCAGUGGGAGGAACAGUAGGACACUGUCUAUGCACUGGGUUAGCGGUUAUUGGAGGAAGGAUGAUAGCACAAAAAAUUUCUGUUAGGACUGUGACAAUCAUAGGAGGCAUUGUUUUCUUGGCAUUUGCAUUCUCUGCACUAUUUAUAAGCCCGGAGUCUGGUUUUUAACAAGCUUUUUUUUCAUUGUCUUUAAAGAGCAAGGAUUGGGAGGAACAAGCUUGUCCUUGUGUGUUGCUGUAUAUAAUGUACAGGUAUUGUUGCUAAACAAGCACUGAAAAUGAGAUACUCCACUUCUAUAGCAAUGAUUUGUGAGUUUGGCACAUUCAUGGACCUUGUGCCAUGAAGAUCUGCUUCCUGUCUGGUUUGCAAGGUGUAUUUAAGUGGUGGUUGGGUGCCUCACAGGAUUUGAGUGGCUUUCUUGCUUGCUGAACCUGAUCAGAUGGCUUUUGAGGAUCUGUAUCCACAAACAUGAGGCUUCCUUCCUCUCUUCCACAUGAUCACUAUUGCUGUCUGUUCUAGAGCUUAUCCAUCUGGCUAAAUGAGCAGCUGCCUUGCCAACAGGCAUUACGAUGUUACAAAUUUCCCAAUAGUAAGUAUGAGGGAGAAAAUCAUUGACUCUCACACUUCACUUCCAGGAUACCCUGGUAGCCUGGAAACCUGAGGGCAGCUCCCAUGCCAUUAAGUGACUGAGCCACCUAUUGAAACAUUCAGAAUUAAUUUUAAAAAGCAAAUAUCUUAAUCAGGGGUCUUUGGUAUGAAGUCAACAAAAGUGCUGAUUCACGAUGUACUGUUUUCAACAACAGACAAUCUGGCUAGAUCUGAUUUUCUUUAUUUAACCAAUUCUCUUUUUGUAUUAAAUUGAAAACUUAUAAAUAUACAUCAUAGUAAUAAAACGGUCAAUAUUUGACAAUGCUGCAUUCCCAAUUUGAACAAUAAUGCAAUUCUUACAGAUUAAGCUGUGUUCAUAUUUUCUUUAAUAGUGUAAUGGGGGGAAUGUAAAUAAAACAGUGGUGUCUCCAUUUUAGUUACUUUCAACUUCUUUUUUGAUGGUGGUUAAUUUAAUUCCCUUAGAGAGCAAGGUAAUGGCUUCUUGUGUGCACUGAGGGCGAGGCUCGCUUCUUAUCCAGGUACGGUUGAAAAGGGAAGCUAUGUUGAUUUUUGUGGCUGGAGUGAUAAGAUGUCAUGACAACUUUGCACAGCUUCAUUACCGGAAUAGAUCUGUAAGCACAAUGCCGUUUAUACAAUGUGGAGUUGGCUUCUGAAUUCACACCAGGAACGUGGCGUAUAAUGCAGUGUUUUAAGCUGACAUACAUGAAGUAGCAGACUUCUGUAAAGUGCAAUCCAUGAUGGUUGACUUGAGCAGGUGCCCUAGGACCGGGAUGAAAGUUGGUACGAGCCGGUACCUGCACCGGCCCAUACCCAGCCCACAUUAAAGUGCUGCUGCGGCAGUGCUUUAACGUCGCUGCCCCCUUCCCCCUUCCCCCCAUCGAUGGCCCUGCUGGUAGGGUCUGUACAGGGGAGGCAAAACAGGGGCAGGGACAUUAAAGCACUGCUGUGCUAUCCCUUACUCAAAGAUGUUCCUUCAUAUAAUCCCCAACAACAAAAACCUAAAUGCACCCCUCUAAAGUGCCUCUUAGAAAGAUUAGUAUACGUGCAGUUCGUUGUUCAACUAAAGUAAUGUUAAAGUGGGUUACACCAACAUCAAACUUUCCAGAAAAAUGAACCUGAGCAUAUUUUAUUUGGACUAAGUUGCCUUUUAAGGUUUCUGAACAUCUGUGUAAAGUUACGGAGAUAAAGUGAAUCAAACUACUGUCUUUUAGCCUCCCAUUCUCAAACUCCUACUAAUUGCACUAGAGUUUCCAGAUCAAGAUACCUAUUGCUACUUCAGAAGGGUUCUGGUAGUGACUUCAGUGUCACAGAUGGGGAAUCUGACUAGUCUAAAUAGCUGGUGGCUCUUUAAAUUUAAAGUCCUGAGGCUGCCCACAACUGAGUCCAGUGUGACUUUCAGCUAAGUGUUUCCUAGCCUACAUGCCCACCAGGGUCUAGUAAGAGUCCCACAGAUGUGACCUGACCACACCUAGAGCUUGGGCCCCUGCACAAAAAGACAGCUGAGCUACCAUUGGGGGAUUUGUGAGUGCUCAGUAAUUUAGAGGGGUUAAGGGCUUGAAGCCAGCUCUCCCACAGCUAAAGUGAGUGCCCUACCUCAUGGGCUGUGUUGCCUAUAAGGGAGCAUGUCUCAUUUUUCCAGCUAAUUGCGGGAGAAGAACGUUCAUGGCUGAAAAGCCAGAGCAACAGGUGACAUUUCCCUUUGGGCCCUCAGUGAAGUGCCUAGGGGUGCAACUCCCAUUAAACUAAGUGCCUAAAUACUUUUGAGGAGCUAGCCCUGCCCCUUUGCUCUGCAUUUUGCUCCUGUUCAGCUGGCUGGCUUCUGAGAAUCCCUUUCUUAGGGCUUGCCUUCAUGUACAGUGCUAUAGCUGCACCUGUGUAGCUGUAGUGAAGACACUUCUGUCAGUGUAGUUAGCUACUGCCUCUAGGGAGGUGGAUUGUGUCCAUGGGAGAAGCUCUACCAUGAACGUAGUACUGCCUACAGUGGGGGUUAGAUUGUGUCACUUGGGUGUGGAUUUUUGCCACCCAUUGAGCAAUGUAGUUAUACUGAUGUAAUUCUGUAGUAUAGACCUGGCCUCAUACAAUGGAGGGUGAGCCUGAGAACCUUUGGGCAGCAAGCUCCUUAAGAGUUAGGUGAUUUUAGUGUACUCUACACUAAGGGCUAGUGGCAGUGGCUCAGUUGGAGAUAAUUCACAAUGGGAGAGGACCACCCACCCAGUCUCUCAUACAACCAUGCCCAUACCACCAGCUGUGAAUUUUUUCCUAUAUUUCAUAACUGCGCCAAACUCUUAAGCCUCAGUGCAAAACCCCAAACUAAGACCUGAGGUAAGGGAGGGAGUAUUUUAAGCUAUGUGUAAAGCAGACAGUAACAUUUCAAAAAAUGCCCAGGUUAAAUUAGCUUUUUAGUUUUCAGCCCCCACUGCUGUCCAGUGUGUGACAUGCAGAACAGGGGUAAAAGCAGCCACGUGCUGUGGAAUUGCAGCUUAUCACUGCAUGGACCCUUUUCCAUGGUGGAAAACGUUCUGAUACACUCCAGUUCUUGUUCCUCACUGUAACGUUUCUUACAAGUAAGUCUAUGCUUCCAUUUGCCCUGUAAAGCUAGACCUAUGUACCGUGCUGGGACUGUGCAGCAGGUGAAAUAUGCAAAAGGAAUGCAAGGGGGAAGUACCUUCCCCCCUGUUAGAAAGACAAAGUGGAUGAGACAAGGUUUCAAUCUGCAACAGGACUCUGCCCGUUACCAACAGAAGUGGGUCCAAUAAAAGCUCAUAUCUCACCAGCCUUCUCUAAUAUGCUGGGGCUCAUACAGCUCUACCACUGCAUUUCCCCAUAUUGUCAUUUUACAGCAGUUCAAACUGCAUAACUCUACAGCUCUUAGGGAGUAGAUUACCUAUAUUAUAAAACUGAGCCACUGUUGAUGGGGCAGUAUGUGGUUCAUCUGACCAGGGUAGUGGAACAGUGCUGCAGUGUGGAGGCACAGAACACACUUUGGGCUAGAUUCAUAAAGGGACUUCAGACAUUAAAGCUGUGUCAAAACACCUCUGAAAAAUUACUGGGAUAUAAGCCUUGGUUAGGUGCAUAUACAACUGGGAAGAAAUAAGAUUCACAAAAGCCUGCUGAGUAGGGAGAUACUUGAACUAGGCCAUGGUGUAACCCACAGGCUGCCUGGGUGUUGUGUUCUGUCCCCUCGAGAUCACUUAGAGCUUAAGUUCUCUGCUCUACAGUCCUAGCGAAACAGACAUAGGGCUUUUAGCUCAUGCACUAAGUUCCAGAGGUCCGUUUCAAUCCCAACCACCGAUGACCAGGGUCUGUGGAUGUUACAAUGGCAGUCAAUGAUGAGAGGUGUGUGUCCUACAACCAACUCCUCUUCUGCAGGCCAGACUGGAGGGAGGCACCUAUCUCUACUUGCAACCCUGAACCAGGCACUUAAGCCAUUUCUUGUAAGACCCACCAGAUUCAGAACAGGUGGCAGUGGCUGGGUCUCAUACCUUUUCUAACGCAGCCUGUUGGAGACCCAGCUGCACUGUGGAUAAAUAAUUAGAAAGUCACUGAGUUAGGGAAAAGUGAGUGAGUGGCUCAGGUGGUGGGUAUGGCACUCAAGUGGGAGGUCCAGACCUAGACCUACUGCUCCAGCAACUAUCUAUACACUCUGGGAAUAGUUUUUACUUCCAUGCUAAAACCUCUGCUGAACGUUCCCAUGGGAUAUCAGCCACUAGCUCAGCAGUUCUCAAACGGGGGGUCAUGAUGGCAAAGUGGACGACAACCCCAUUUUAAUCAGGGCUGGUGUUAGAGUGGCGGGGGCCCAGGGAUAAAGCUGAAGCCUCAGUGCCCUGGGUGGUGGGGCUCAGGCUUCGGCUUCAGCCCUGGGUGGCGGGGCUAAGGUAACAGGUGGUGAGGCUCGGGUGGGCUCAGGCUUUGGUCCCGCUUCCUGGGGCUGUGUGGUUGCAGUGCAAUGAAGUUUGAGAACUGAGUUUCGCCCUUCUCCAUGCUUGACUGAGGCUACAGUGAAGACACUGGCACUUUAUUAGGCAGGGUAUGUAAAAUCUGUACUGAGCAAAAGCUGGAUGGUAAAGGAGUCAGUUCAUAACACACAAUGCAUAGUGAUUGCUAUUGCCCCCCACCGUUUAUGAACACACUAGUAUUUGUAAUUGAUGUGUUUACUGCCUGAGCUGUUUUCUUUUACAAUUGUGGCUUUUAAACAUCUAAUAAACUCUUCUUAAAUUCACAAUUUUCAUUUUCAUCU